AUGACACUAGCUGGAGGGUCUGUCGAACCACCCGCGGCGCAGGCGGCGCAGGAUGAGACCGCCCCUCUCCUGGCGAAGCAGAGAAACAAACCGAAUCCGCUGCCAAAGCUGCAGCUCGCUAUAAUUUACGCCAUUAAGCUGACACUACCUAUUACGCACACCCAAUCCUUGCCAUACUACAAUGUCUUCAUUGAGAAGCUCGCUGCCUCACAGGGGGCAGAUACGGGCUACUACAGCGGACUUGCGCAUACCGUAGCCUCCGUCACACAGCUCACUAGCAUGUUCGUCUGGGGUCGCAUUUCCGAUAACUACGGGCGUGUCCCCGUCAUACUUCUAGGGACCGCGGGUAUGGCAAUCUUCACCGUCUUCUUCGGUCUUUCUGGGUCACUCACCAGCCUUCUGCUCAACCGUUUCUUCGGCGGGUUCUUCUUCGGCAUUACUGGAGCUAUCCAUUCUGUUGUUGGAGAGCUCUCGGACGAGACGAACCAAUCGAUCGCGUUCCCGCUCUACGACGUCAUCUCUGCGCUGGGAUAUGUCAUAGGCCCAUUAAUUGGUGGCACCUUCGCGGAGCCGGCGAAGCAAUGGCCAGAUUUGUUCACCAAUCCCUUCUGGACACAAUAUCCAUACGUUCUACCAUGUCUCAUCUCUGCGGCGAUCUCUAUCGCAGCAUCUCUGCUAUCCGUGUUCGCCCUAAAAGAGACCCUACCGACAAAGUCUCCGAACACAGCAACAGUGCAAGCCUCAAGAACUGAUGAGGAGCUAGAACCCCUUGUCGUCGAGCCCACUGCAGACAUCAUCAUUGAGGUAGAGGAAAUCGACUUCGAGCCACUCGGGGUUCGACAGCUCCUGUCCAUCCCAGUCCUCCUCGCUGUCUUCACUUCGAGCGCAGCGCUAGGCUUCGCCGGAUCCUGCUUCAACAGUGUUUUCGUCCUCAUGGCCUACUCCCCAAUCAACCAAGGAGGUCUCGCGCUAUCGGUACGUCUUCGCCUCCCUGACCGCUCUUUCCUGCUUCUCGUGCUCAUCGCCGACCUUACUCCGCCGCAUCGUCUUCGCUCAUCCCUUCACUCACUCCUCCAUCUCGCAUCUCAACGUUCCAACUCUCAUGCUCCCACCGUGGUACCCCGCACCUUCAACACACAUCUACCCUCCUCGUCGUCUUCCUUCCUCGCCCGCUCCCCCACAUUCCCAAAACAGCCCUCGCAGAUCGGCCGCGCGCUCUCCGGCAUGGGCGCAGUCUCGAUCUUGCUCAAGCUCUGCAUGCCUGCGCUCCUCCGGCGUUACGGCACGCUCAACAUGUUCGACUUCUGCAUGUACUCCUGGGUCGUCGCCUUCGCGUCCCUGCCCCUCGCCUCGUGGGUCGCGCAGGCGUCCGCGGCCGCGGUCGACGGCCUCCAGCAGUUCCGCGACGCGAGCACGGGCGAGUGGAUCUCGGUCGGCUUCGUGCUCUUCCUCUCGAGGCUCGGGUGCCUCGCGUUCUCGAUCAUCAUGAUUCUCACGAAGGACCACACCCCGGGCACGACGUCGCUGGGCACGACGAACGGGCUCGCGGAGCUCUUCCAGUCUCUUGCCGGAGCAGCAGGCCCAAUCGUCGUCAGCUCCCUGUUCGCGGUCUCUGCAAAGAAGCAUCUCCUCGGCAGAUAUUUGUGGGUCGUGUUCAUGGUCCUCGAGUCUGGCUUUGGUGCCUGGGUCGCAUACAGGAUCCGACGGUUCCGCGAUUGA